ACCUGCCAGCGCUCGACCUACUGCAAUGUUGACCCUGUGUCUCUCCUUUGAGCUCGAAAUCGCGCCGUCUUGAACUUCGCACCCGGGAGCCCUCGUCUUUGCUGCGCGUCGGGGUACGCUGCGCAAUCCUACGCAAUCGUCCCCUCGUACACUUGCUCCGUGUCGUCCGCGUCAGCUCCUACACCACCAUUCGUUCCGAACCGUUCGCCAUGGUGUCAUACCCUAAGCUCACGCCGCUACAAUCGCGGUUUGUAGCUUGCUUGGGGACGUCCCUCCUUCUCAUCAUAAUCUUUUUCUUGCUCAACCCCUCCCAUUUCGCGUAUGCGGCCGAGCUGGACUCGAUACUUAACAAAGAUCAUAACCACCACCGGAUAGUUGGUGGACUAGCAGGUGAUCUGGACUGGGGCUCCAUAUUCACUGAUACCGAGAGCUAUGUUGAAGAACAGGACGUUGACCAAUACGAAGCAAAGUUCGGAUGGGGUCUCGUGGAGAGGGCGCCGCUGGACACUGUGAGCUUGAAGAAUAAUCUGCCGAAUACUUUGAAUUUGAACCCAGGCGAGACUCAGUAUUAUGUAUUUGAGCAAGACGAGCUCAGCGCGAGCCCAGGGACGAGGGGAAGGCAAUUACCCACGAAUGUCACCGGGCCCGGAGCUGACGUGACUUCGAACGCUAAGAGAAGGAAAAGAAGUAUUUCAGAGGACGCUGAACAAGAGCACGAAACCGUGGAAGGGGACAAUAUCCUUGAGAAGAGACAGAACACGAAGACGGUGUACGUCAGUGCCAAUACGUGCCUCCAACCGUUACUUAACGAGAACAAGACGGGCACUCCGGGACAGCCUACAAUUUUCUAUUCUCUCAGCGACAACAACCAAAAGCCCAGCGCGGACCAAAACGACGGCACCGUCCAGCUCGACCAAGGAUACGCAGCGGUUGCGAUACCUAACGUAAGUGGCAAUCUGUACAUCUCGAUCUCAGCGCCUGAUCUACCAAACGAUACCUUCACUGGCCCUUGGAACUAUCAGAUCGCAGCCAGCAUUGACGACUACUAUCACUACUACGACAAUUCUACCGCAUUUAUGUGGACGGUGGAUACGGACUCGAAUUCGGCACUGCUGGCAACCUACAACUUGACUGGACAGGAUGGAAACUCGACUACAAUCCAGAACCAGCGCAAUGAAUGGAUGAACACCAGUCCUCCCUUUGACAUCUACGUGUUCAAUUCGUCGAGCCCGAAGAUAGACGGUAUCAAGCACUCGUACUGCGGUUUGUCGAAGCUGAACAUGGAUUUCAUGCGCAUCAACACAAGUAUGACAGAGAGAGGUGUGGGUAGCAAUCCGAAGCAGCAGUUUUAUAUACAGAGUCUGUUGCCUGGAAAUACAUACUUCAGUGUACUGGCCUAUCAGGGGGGAAAUGUAUCGACGGAAGAUCAGGCAAUCGUUGGUGGAGGAGGUCAGGUCUGGAAGAGUAUGCAGUUCAGCACCAAGUCAGAUGGAAAUUGUCGGGUAAUCUUUGACCUGCCCUUCUGCGAUGCGGUCGCGUAUGCAGUACCAACCGAUCCGUCCAACAGCACGCUGUCCAACCUCACAACUCUCUCACAGAUCUACGAUUCCAAUGCUGCGGCGCUGUACCAGAACUUUUCUCUCUCUCUCCAACAGAUUCCUUGCAACACCACCAACUCAGCGCAAUAUUCCUUGUCCAGCACGUGCGACGACUGCGCGCGCGACUACAAGACUUGGCUCUGCGCCGUCACCAUUCCCCGCUGCGUAGAUUUCUCUGCCACAGACGACUACCUCAUGCCUCGCAACGUGGGACAACCAUUCGCCAACGGAUCGCAGCCCACCAACCUCAACGAAACGAUGGCGAACAUGAUCAUGUACAACAGCAGCCGCAGCUCGCUCAUUGCGUCUGGACCGUACAAAGAAGUGCUACCAUGCCAAGAACUCUGUUUCAACAUGGUAAAGUCCUGUCCGACGAGCUUGGGUUUUCUGUGCCCGCAAAGGAAUGCUCUGUGGGCCCCGCUGGCAAAGAGCUACGGCACGUACGAUCCGAAUAACAUUCUGGGACAGGACGGGAUCUUGAAUAUCAGCGGCUUGAGCUGCAACUACCUCGGCGUGGAUUGGCCGACAUUAGGGAAUUCGGGAAGUGUUUUGGCGGCGCGAUGGCCUGGCUGGGUUGUGCCCCUUGGCAUCAUGGCGUGGAUGCUCUCCGGCUGGUGAAUAAAAAGAGAUAGUGUGUCUGCAUGAAACAGGAACGAGGCACGAAAUUUUCUAUUUAAGUUGCACGGCGUCCACGGACAUCCCGAGUCUUGUAUGAACAUUAUGCUUGGCUAAACUCGAAUGCCUAAAACAUGUCUUGGUCGAGUAUUUCGGUACCGUUUAUCGCCGCGUUGACAGCUCUUUUGCAAGCCUUCGUUCACUGGGCAUUCCAGUAGAGCUCUGCCACUGAGAUGUCAUUAUGUUCCAUCAUUAAACUAUAGAAUCGCCUAGGCCUUUGAGCCUCCAAACCACAAUCAUGAUUUACUUUCAGACUCAUGAUGGCGGUGAUGUGAAGACUUAUACAACGUUCCCAUGCCGAUCAGCACAUUCUAAUC